AUGUUUCUUUCCGGGGUGGUUGCUUCGAGUGGGGGAGGGCGGGAGUGGCGGGCAGGGCCGCGCGCGCGCUCGCCACGAGGGGUUCACACCCUCGACCCCAUCCGCGUCGACCCUGGCGUCGGAGGGGGGGGUAGGGCAGAGGACGGCCCUCUUCCCCUUCCGCGAUCUCCUCCGUUUCCUCAGGGGGUUCUCCCGGAGGGAGGAGGAGCGGGAUCUUCACCGGCGGAUCUCGUCUUCGGCGCGAGCGCCGGGAGGCUUCUCGUGCGAGGGGGGGGGCGGCGUCUGGCGCGGCCGCUGACAACCCCAGGCGCGCGAGAGGACCUCGCGGCCUCCGCACUGGGCUCCAUCAGCAGCGCCCUGCACGCGGCUCGUCGGCGACGGGAUUGGGGAGUGGGAGGAGGAGGGGGGGGGUUGGGGGCCGAGGGCCUCUGCUAUCGCUUUACCCUCCGCCUAGGUGCGCUUCCCCCGGCCGACGCGGAUGACGCCGGUAUCGCCAUCGGCUUUGCGGAUCGAUUGCUGCCGAUGGAAAGCUUCGGCGCCGCGCGCAACUCCGUGCGGUACGCGGGUUGUUAUUACCUGCAUCUCCCCUAUGGUGGGCGAUUCGCGCCCGCUCAGGGCGUCGUGGAUGCCCCUUUGGAGGGGUGGGCUCGGGCAGCCAAAAUGCAGGGCGCGCGCGGUCUUCUGGUCGGCGACAAGGUGAGUUGCAUAUUGAUGAUGGAGGAGCGCUGCAUGCGGUAUGAGUGGAACGAUAUUGACUGUGGGGUCGCCUUCCGAAACAUUGACAUGAGUCGAUCGUUGUUUCCGGCAGUGGAAAUGAAUAGCGCCGGUUAUGAAGUGGAGCUGAUUUGA